ACUUGCUGACAGUUCUAAGCGUUCGUUUGCUAGCAAGAGUUCCAACAGUUCUGACAGUUCUGGCAGUUCCAGUUCUAGAACUGGAACUAGUAUUCGAACGCACCCCUAGUGACAGAGAUGGCUAGGAGAUAUGGAAAAGGAAAAGGCACCUUUUUGUGCAGCAGCGCUGGUAGAAGAAUUACGUGUUUCGUUGUUGUUUGUCUGUUAAUAGAAACAGGCCUCCGUUACAACAUGGUUGAAGACGUGCACGUGUGGAAUCUUCCGUUAAAGUUGAAGGGAUUUCUACGGAUUGGACAGCCUUGCAAUAUGAAGCCGGAGAGAUCAAGACAAUUGAUAGAAGUUCUAUUUGCUUUCGCCAGCUGGGCGGAGUCAGCACGAUUACGGUAUUGGAUCGACUACGGUACACUUCUAGGCGCUGAUAGAAAUGGAAAACUGAUUCCUUGGGACUGGGAUGUCGAUGCUGGGCUUAUGAAAGAUGAGAUAGAGUCAAUACCAGAUGUGAAAACUCUUCUCAAACGUAAGGGACUGACAAUGAAGAGACAAACAACAUGUCGUCUUGCAAUAUGCUUGCAAAGCAGCAACAGCACGUGUGUUGAUAUUUUCAUGCACGUAAUUCGGAAGUCAGAUAAUUUCGUUAUUCGAUGUGAACUGGAAGAUGUCUUCAGAUAUCAUUUCCCUGCUAGUUUGAUCAACCCAACCAAGCCAAUCAAAUUUGAGGGUCGUAUGCUCCAGGGCCCCAACGAUCCCCCAGAAAUGCUUAAGAAAUGGAGAUACCCAUAUAGUUAUGGAUGGGAGGUUCCCUACAAAGCUGGUUGCUAUUUUACAGCUUGGUCUCAUUUUCGGCUCUUCCUGACAUUUAGUAUUAUACCUUUGCUGUUAGUUGUUUUAGCAAUAUGCUGUUGUUGUUCUAAAUUGUAACUAGGUAUUUGGUAGAAUUUUGUAAUGUUAUAUUGAAGUGUUGUGUAAUGUAAACUAAAGUACUACUUGGACAUGUACUGAAAUAUUCUAACUAAUGAUAAGAUAUCAAGGUGAAGUAAAAUGUGUCUGA